CCUGUAAGGAGCCAGCCGCCCGUCGCACGCGGCUGGUACAAACGUGUGUGUACGGGUGCAGAAAAAGAAGCUUUCACUUUCACUUCAGUCGCCAUUGAUUCGGCGGAGACGCUGCAUUCGAAACAAUAAAAAAUAGGAAUAAGUAAACAAAGUAGCAGCAGUGAAGCGACUCAGGGAGACAGAGGAACACUUUAGGAAACUCCGCCAUGUCUUUCAAGUACCCGGCUGCCCGCAGAGAUGAGAGUAAGGUGGAUGACUACCAUGGAACAAAGAUCUGCGAUCCCUACACAUGGCUGGAAGACCCUGAUGGUGCAGAAACAAUGGCCUUUGUUGAGGAGCAGAACAAACUGACCAUGCCAUACCUGGAGCAGUGUGCUGUGCGGGCUCAAUUCCACCAGCGUCUUACCGAGCUCUAUGACUAUCCCAAAUAUAGCUGCCCUUACAAAAGAGGGAAGAGGUAUUUCUACUUUCACAACAAAGGUCUCCAGAACCAGGAUGUGCUGUAUGUUCAGGACUCAUUGGAUGGAGAGGCCACCGUAUUCUUUGACCCGAAUAAACUCUCUGAAGAUGGCACGGUGGCACUGAAGAUGGGCCGGCUGUCAGAGGAGUGUGAAUAUUUUGCGUAUGGUUUGAGCAGCAGUGGGUCAGACUGGGUAACGGUUAGUUUCAUGAAAGCUGAUGACCUCACCCAACUGCCUGAUGUACUGGAGAGGGUUAAGUUCAGCUGCCUGGCCUGGACCCAUGAUGCCAAGGGCAUCUUCUACAACUGUUACCCACCCCAGGAAGGCAAAACUGACGGCACAGAGACCACCAGUAACAUCAAUCAGAAGCUCUACUACCACAUCAUCGGCACCAAACAGUCAGAAGACGUUCUGGUUGCAGAGUUCCCUGAACAUCCUAAGUGGCACAGUUCAGUAACCAUAUCAGAUGAUGGCAGAUAUGCUGUUAUGUCCAUCACUGAAGGCUGCGAACCCGUCAACCAGCUGUGGUACUGUGACCUUCAGCAGCUCCCCGAUGGCAUCACAGGCCUGCUGCCAUGGGUCAAACUCGUUGACAACUUUGAAGCCCAGUACUCAUAUGUCACCAAUGAGGGAACUGUAUUCACGUUCCAGUCCAACUUGGACGCUCCUCGGUACUGUCUCAUCAACAUAGACAUCCAGAAACCAGACAAGGAGAACUGGACUACUCUCAUCCCACAGCAUGACAAGGACGUCCUGGGCUCUGUCUCCUGUGUGAACCAGCACCACCUGCUGGUCAACUAUGUUCAUGACGUGAGGGACACCCUGCAGGUGUAUGAGCUUUCUACAGGCCGACCGGUCAGGGACCUGCCGCUGGAUGUUGGCACUGUGGCAGGAGUGAGCUGCAAGAAGAAACACUCUGACUUCUUCUACAAGUUCACCUCCUUCACUACACCUGGUAUCAUUUACCACUGUGAUUUGAGCGAGCCCAACCCAGAGCCCAAAGUGUUCAGGGAGGUGGAGGUCAAAGGCAUCAAGCAAGAGGACUAUGAGACCAAACAGGUGUUUUAUCCCAGUAAAGAUGGAACGAAGAUCCCAAUGUUCUUAGUUCAUGCAAAGGGCCUAAAGACGGAUGGGACUCAUCCUGUCUUCCUUUACGGCUACGGAGGCUUUGAGGCUUCCAUACAACCGUACUACAAUGUUGCCUACCUGCUGUAUGUGAGACACCUGGGAGGCAUCCUGGCAGUGGCCAACAUCAGAGGGGGUGGAGAGUACGGUCUCACCUGGCACAAAGGUGGAACAUUAGGCAACAAGCAGAAUUGCUUUGAUGACUUCCAGUGUGCAGCAGAGUAUCUGAUCCAGGAGAAGUAUACCACAGCCAGCCGCAUCGCCAUCAACGGAGCUUCUAAUGGAGGGCUGCUAGUGGCUGCAUGUGUGAACCAGCGUCCAGACCUGUUUGGCUGUGCUGUGGCAGAGGUGGGGGUGAUGGAUAUGCUGAAGUUCCACAAAUUCACCAUCGGCCACGCCUGGACCACUGACUACGGCUGUGCUGACGACCCGGAGCAGUUCAAGUGGCUCAUCAAGUAUUCUCCUCUCCAUAAUCUCCCUCAGCCACCUUACUCCGGGCCUCCCUACCCUGCCAUCCUGCUUCUGACAGCAGAUCACGAUGAUCGCGUGGUGCCUCUCCACACCCUGAAGUAUUGCGCUGCUUUGCAGCACGGAGUGGGCAGCAGCCCCGUGCAGCGUCAGCCUCUGAUGGUAAGGGUAGACACCCGCAGUGGGCAUGGUGCAGGGAAACCCACUGCCAAGGCCAUCUUGGAGGACGCGCACAUCUUCUCCUUCAUCGCUGAGACACUUGGGCUCAGCUGGAAGGACUGAAGAGAUAACGAUGUUAUGUAGAAGAUAUACACAGUAAGGGAGGCUUUUUAAGAAAACACAGAUUUACAUUUUUGUAACACACUGGUACAGCGGUAAUGAUUAGGGAAACUGUAAGAAAAGUAAGAACAAUUGAGAUAGUAACUAUAUUUUAAUGCAUACUCUAAGUUUGGACUUGAAAUUUAACUUUGAACUAAAGUAUUUUAAUAAAAUCUAAAAAAAAAAAAAGUUCA